UUCAGAGAACACCUUGUUUUACAAUAUGCAUCGGCUGUUGCCUCCCACUACCUCGAAGCGAACCCAGAUAUUACUUGGUGGAGGUAACUUUCAGCGAGGCACGCUAUAUAAGAGAACGAAGAACCAGCCGGCCAAGAUAAACCUCGUGUGUUGUCGAUCCAUUCAUCGUUGUUACUGCUCUACCUCCGUCGUUGACAGAAUGUACUGGCUGUGUCUGGUGGCGUUAGCCGCGACCGCAGCGGCUCAGAGUCCUUACGAUUUGGAUCAGAGGGUACCCUACCAAGGCAAAUCGUCCAGCUUGGGACCACUCUACGCGUCUAGCCUCAGCAACGGUCAAGGUUUCCGCGAUAACAGUUACGAGGAUAACAUCGUCACGCCUACGCCGACGCCGGUCUACAGGAACCCGAGCGGUCAACAACCUCUCUAUCGUAAACCGUCGAUCGAUCAAGGGGCUAUCCGAGUUGGCGGAUCGUCGCGGCCUAUUCUUCGAGGAGGACAACCGCAAACCGCCCGGGAGCGAGAAGAAUUGGAAGAGAAGGAGGAACCCGAUCGCCUGACUCUUCUCCUGCCCCAGAGUAAGUUCGACUGCGUGAAUAAACAAACUGGCUAUUACGCCGACGAGGAUCUUAAUUGCGAGGUGUUCCACUACUGCCAAGACAACGCGAAGCAUUCUUGGAUCUGUCCCGAAGGAUUCUCAUUCCACCAGGUUCACCUGAUUUGCAUGCCGCCGAACGGAGACAUGAAUUGCAAGAAGAGCUCGCAAUACCAUUUCAUCAACGAGUAUCUCUACAAACCAUUGAACUUGGAAGAGCACGAGACCAGGCCUAAUAUAAGCCUGAGAUACAGCGACAGAUAUUUCCCCUCAGACAUUCACCCAGACGAGCGCGAGUCCGAUGACUAUCAGAUUAGUCAAACCGCUCCUAUUCGACGCCCAACACCGGUGUAUGCGAGCUCGCAGUCAACUCUGAACAGCAUUCCCCCGUCGGCUCGUCCACAAUCGGCAGGCCUCACGCAGUUCCGUCUACCGGUGAACCAAGUCUUCCGCAGUCCGGAGGAAGUGAACAUUCCUCUUCAACAAAGACGCCCGCAAUCUCAAGGCCAGCCCCUGAGAAGAUUCCCCCAAGUGCGACCCGAUGACGAGGAAUACGAAUAGAUCCGGCGAACGUCGUUUCAUAAUAAUUAAUCACUCAUCGUCACAAUCAUACCGUCAUCUCGUCACACAUCUUGUGUCAAAAUUCAAAGAGCAGGAGAGAAGAUUUCAAACGUUUAUUAUAUUUAUUCAAAUAAAGUCUAGCCAUAGUUCUAUUAAUUAAAUGUAGAAUAUAUAAAUUAUUUCGUACUUUUCUCGUAUUCUUGUCUCCGUGAAAAAUGAUGAUACUUACCAUCGAUAUUAAUUAAAAAGUGACAACGAAUAAACUGAUCUUACGUCAUUUUGAAAGCCGUUUUCUUCUUGUUAGAAACAAUAUAUAUGAACACAUAAAAUCUGUAGAAUCGAAUUCGCGAACGCGGUGACACAGUCAAUUGACUGAGUCAGUUCACCGUUCAAACAAGUCAGGUGUGAUAUGAAAUGUAUAAGAAACCCAGUUCUUACAAUAAAAAUAAUUAGAUGAUA